CGCGGAAUCUGGAGGUAACAGCUCCCCACUUUUUGUGGAUGACGACAUUCCCCUCUCAUUCGCAGAAGAGCAAAGAAGGUGCUGAAGAGGCUCUUUCCUGGAGAUCCGAGCUUCCUCACGUAAUAGCCGAGCGAGCAACUGAGCAAAGCGUACCUCUCGCAAUUGACAUCAUCCUGAUUUGCACCACCCGCCGUUAGUCAACUUCCGUUGAUCUCAAGGAACACGAAAAUGUCGUCCGCUCUCCUCCGAACCGCUCCUGCUCUCCGCGCAGCUCUCCGAGCUGGUGCUGCGAAGCCUGCUGCCGCUGCCAUGGCCAGCACCAGCUUUGUUCGCGGCAAGGCCACUCUGCCCGAUAUGCCUUACGACUACGGCGCGCUUGAGCCCUACAUCUCGGCCCAGAUCAUGGAGCUUCACCACUCCAAGCACCACCAGACCUAUGUCAACGGCCUCAACACCGCCCUCGAGACCGUCGAGGACGCCAAGGCCAAGGGCGACUUCUCCAAGGCUGCCGCCCAGGCGCCUUUGAUCAACUUCCACGGUGGCGGCCACAUCAAUCACUCUCUCUUCUGGGAGAACCUGGCCCCCGCCAGCAGAGAUGGCGGCGGUGAGCCCGACGGCAACUUGGCUCAAGCCAUCAAGAAGGACUUUGGCUCCUUUGACACCCUGCGCAAGCAGAUCAACACCUCCCUGGCCGGCAUCCAGGGCAGUGGCUGGGCCUGGCUCGUCAAGGACAAGACCAGCGGUACCCUCGGCGUUGUCACCCGCGCGAACCAGGACCCUGUCACCGGCAACCUCGAGCCUCUGCUGGGCAUCGACGCUUGGGAGCACGCCUAUUACCUGCAGUACCAGAACCGCAAGGCCGAGUACUUCGACGCUAUUUGGAACGUUGUCAACUGGAAGACUGUUGCCAAGCGCUUUGAGAAAUAGGCGACGAAAUAAAAAUGAAUCGUAAAGAAUCACUCAAAACUACACGUUGCAAAU